AUGUCUCGAUUUUUCCAUGGAGGCCUUAGUGACAGCGACACCAGCAGUUCCGACGAAGAACUUUACUCUGAAGAGGAGGAGUCCGAGGUAGAAGACCACUCCUCCGAUUCAGGUUCUGAGGAUGGGACCGAUGAAGAGGAAGUGUCUGGUGACGAAGCCGGUGGUAAUCGGUUCUUGGUUGGAGGCGGUGGGAGCGAUGAUGAGAGUGAUGAAGAUGAUGGGCGGAGGGUCGUCAAAAGUCAGAAGGACAAGCGGAUGGAAGAGAUUGAGGCCUCUGCUAAGCUUAUUGAGAAUGGAGAAAAGAUCAAUGAUUGGGUUCUCAUUUCUGCAGAAUUCGACAAGCUCAAUAAGAUUGUCUCAAAGCCUACAGAAACCUCUGCUCCUAAGGUGUAUAUCAAGAUCAUUGCAGAUUUGGAGGAUUUCAUGAAUGAGACCCUCAAGGACAAGGCUGCGGCUAAGAAGAUGAACGCAGCAAAUGCUCGUGCCCUUAAUACUAUCAAGCAGCGCCUUAAGCGUAACAAUCGUGGUUAUGAGAAAGAGAUCGAGGAGUACAAAAAGGAUCCAGAGGCUUUUAUGAAGGAGGACAAGAAGCCAGCAGCACCCAAAGCCAUUAGUAAGGUAUCGAAAAUAGUCGAGCCUGGGCAGGAUAGCGAAGACGAUAGGGGGUUUUCGACUAUUGGAAGAAGUGGAAAGGCUUUAACUUACACCCCGGAGAGCAUUUUCAAGCACCUCAGAGGCAUUAUUGAGGCCAGAGGAAAGAAGAAUACGGAUAAAGGCGAGCAAAUCAAGGUUAUGGAGAGGUUAUAUGAGGUUGCUCAGACGCCAUACCAAAAGAUCAAGGUCCUUUUGGCUCUCAUUUCCACCCGUUUUGACCUUACCUAUGGAGCUCUAUCUUAUAUGUCUGCUGAACAAUGGAAAGCUGCUGAGAAAGAAUUCAACACAUUGCUUGAGGUUCUCGAGGCAAAUCCGGAUUAUGUUGUGAUUGAGAAUGCAGAGGAGUGGGAUGACGAUGAAAAACAGCCUGUCCCAGCGGCCGGCGAGGUCCUUAAGAUCCCCGGAAGUGUUGUUUCAUUUGUCGAUAGACUUGACGACGAACUUACUCGAUCUUUGCAACAUAUUGAUCCCCACACAACAGAGUAUAUUGACAGGCUCAGCGACGAAGGUGCCCUUUACACCACCAUCCUCCGAAACCAGCUAUACCUGGAAAGACUACAGAGAAAUCAGAAUAUCCCUACUGACGAAGCUAUCAAUCGUGUUAUCAUGCGUAGAUUGGAGCACUUGUACUUCAAGCCUGAACAAGUCAUUUCAACUGUCGAAGAGAAUGCGUGGAAGUCAAUCCCUGCAGGUCUUGACUCCGCAAUUUCGGCCAAGAAGGCAUCCACUUCUGCUAGUGACCUUCUGUACACCCUUUGCACCUACCUCUACAAACAUGACGCCACUGUUCUUCGCACACGGGCCAUGCUCUGCCAUAUCUACCAUUACGCUCUUCAUAAUCAAUUUUACAAGGCACGUGAUUUGAUGCUUAUGUCGCAUCUGCAAGAGAACAUCCAUGUCGCCGAUGUUAGCACACAAAUCCUCUAUAACAGAACCCUUGUGCAAGUUGGACUAUGCGCUUUCCGUGCUGGUUUGAUCUACGAGGCCCAGACUUGUCUACAAGAAAUAUGUGGGACUGGAAGAUUGAAGGAAAUGUUAGCCCAGGGCGUUCAGAUUCAGAGGUAUUCACAGGUCAGCCCCGAACAAGAGCGUCUUGAGCGACAGAGACAGCUACCGUUCCAUCAACACAUCAAUCUAGAGCUUUUGGAGUGUGCCUAUCUCACUUGCUCGAUGUUGCUCGAAAUCCCGGCUCUGGCAGCUACUGGAUCAUCCCCUGAUCUGAAAAAGAGAGUAAUUAGCAAGACUUUCCGUCGUAUGCUUGAGUACCAUGAACGACAGAUAUUUACUGGUCCUGCUGAGAACACACGUGAUCAUGUUAUGCAAUCCGCGAAGGCACUCGCUGCUGGUGAGUGGAAGAGGUCGAGUGAGCUCAUCCAUGCCAUUAAGAUCUGGGAUCUUCUACCGGAACCGCAGAAGAUCAAAGAUAUGCUCUCCGAGAAGAUCCAAGAGGAGGGCCUGCGAACAUAUCUCUUUACCUAUGCUCCAUUCUACGACACACUAUCAAUUUCCAGAUUGGUGGAGAUGUUCGAUCUUUCGGAGAGGAAGGUUUCAGCCUUGGUCAGCAAGAUGAUCGCCCAUGAGGAGAUCGCCGCCGCGUUAGACCAAGUUAACAAUGCCAUUAUCUUCAGGAAGGGAGUUGAACUCUCACGUCUUCAGACUUUGGCCCUAACCUUGAGCGAUAAGGCUAGUAGCUUGAUGGAGAUGAAUGAGCGUGUCUUGGAGCAGAAGACUCAGGGUCAAGGCGGCUUCCCGGAGGGCGGCCAGGGUGGAAGAGGAGGCGGCAGGGGUGGUAGAGGCGGUAGACGCGGAGACCAUGAAGGUGGUAGAGGCGGUAGAGGGGGGGGACAGGGAAGAGGUCGUGGCAACAAAAACGUUCAAUUUAACCAACAGUCAGGCUUCCAUGGGGGAGCGAUGAGAACGUAG